UAUACAAAUCGUUGUGUUUUGUUCGAACGUUUAAACGUCUUUAUAAUAUGUGAUAGUUCAUGCGUGGAAAUACCCAUGAUAGCAAUUUUAUUGAUAUUGGAUAAAAAUAUUAAAAUCGUGAAUUCUGAAAGUUGAAAUUGUGAAUUUGUACAGAUAAAAUAGAAAAUUAAGGAAGUUAAAAUAUCCAAAACAUUCUCUUACGUUUUUCAUUCGAACAUCCGAAUUCAAGUUGUUUAAUAAGAACUUUGAGUUAACAAGUCAAUAAACAUGGAGGUUUCGGUUUAUUUUACUGUAAUAAUGACAUUUAUUUCAUUUUUGGAUAAUGAUGGACAGGUGAAAGCUGAGACUUGUUUAACAGAAGAACUGGCAAGCUAUUUCUUAGAGCCGUGUCAUAAAAAGCUCUAUGUAGAAAAUGGAAGAGCUUGUUAUUUCGGAUACACAUUUGCGUACGCAACAAUUUCUUGUUCCUCUAUGUAUACAUUUGAUGCAAGCGUUACAUUUAUGUGCAGAAGCAACAGUUGGAAACCAUCAUCAACUGCAUUGUGUUCAUCAAAUGGAUUUACCAUGACUACACGGACUUCUACAACAUCAUUCACUACCAAACUUUUACCGACUGAGAGUUACUGGUUGUCUAGUGUCAUAAGUCAAGAGACGCCUUUCUUGACAACAUAUACCAAGAUGUCACAGACACAAAUAUCACAAAUAUUCAGUUCUGUCAGAACAGAACCAUCUUCUAUAAAGCCAUCAAAAACAACAACAUCCAACCAGCUUUCAAUGACUUCAACUGUAAUUGCUACUUCAGUUCCAGUCACUGGAGGAACAAUCUUGGAUGCCGGAAAUAGAAGACCUGUAUACACAUGGUACAUUGUAGGAGCAACUGUAGUCGGCAUUUUAGGCAUUUUACUUGUUGUUGCUAUAGUUAUAAUUGUACGCCUAAGAAGAAAACUUGCCAUGAACGAAACACCUGAUUGUGAUGGUGAUACUUCUCAACAAGUUCCAGAGUAUACUGAGCUUAACAUUUCACAAGCAAACUCUAAUCCUUACUCGGCAUUAAGUAAGACCAAUCACAGAUUUGUCCGUGACAGAACCGUUACAGACAACAAUGAUUCAACGUACUUAACGCCAUGCACCAUUACAAAUCCGGAUGUGUCUCAAGAAUAUAUAAAUAUUGAUGCUUAGGUUACUAUUGUGAAGUUUGAAACUUUCAUAUCUUUUAAUUAAAGAACAUUUCGUACUGUAUCACACAAAGUUUCAUUUUGAUUCGUACCUGUGCAUCAAAAGACAUUGAUAAAAAUAUAUCCUUUAAUAGAAUAGAAAAAUAACGUGUCCUCUAUGAAGAAUUGGAAAUUUUUGAAUAACUUAAUUAUGCAACUGAAAAAUAAAAAUUUGCAUCUCG